CUCAGGCGGCGCGGGGAUAAAUCCGGAGCCUCGCGAGGCUGAGAGCCAGUGACGCGGGACCCGCGGCGGAGCAGACGGACUUCUCGGCCGCAGCGAGGGCAGCGCGUACCGGGUGUCAGCCAGAACAUGCCGCCCAACCUGAACUCAGUCAAGAACUUGUUCGUUUUCUUAGGAAAAUCAGUGUUUGCCCUUCUGGAGGUUAUGGUUUUUACCUUAAUCCCAAGGCCACAGAAGAGUGUUGCUGGUGAAAUCGUACUUAUAACAGGCUCUGGGAGUGGACUUGGAAGGCUCUUAGCCCUCAAAUUUGCCCGCCUUGGAUCGGUGCUUGUUCUCUGGGAUGUCAGCCAGGAGGGGAAUGAGGAGACCAGCAAGAUGGCUCGGGAAGCUGGAGCCACAAAGGUUUAUGCCUAUACCUGUGAUUGCAGCCGGAAGGAGGAAGUGUAUAGAGUGGCCGAUCAGGUUAAGAAAGAAGUUGGAGACGUUUCAAUCCUCAUCAACAAUGCCGGAAUCGUAACAGGCAGAAAGUUCCUCGACUGCCCAGAUGAGCUUAUGGAAAAGUCUAUCGAUGUGAAUUUCAAAGCACAUUUAUGGACUUAUAAAGCCUUUCUACCUGCUAUGAUCGCUAAUGACCAUGGACAUCUGGUCUGCAUUUCAAGUACAGCUGGAUUAAUUGGAGUAAAUGGGCUGGCCGAUUAUUGUGCAACUAAAUUUGCAGCCUUUGGAUUUGCUGAAUCGGUAUUUAUGGAAACAUUUGCCAAGAAACAAAAUGGGAUCAAAACCACUAUUGUGUGCCCAUUUUUUAUCAACACUGGAAUGUUUGACGGUUGUACUACUGGCUGUCCUUUUCUGUUACCGAUUCUGGAACCAGAAUAUGCAGCCAGGAAGAUAGUAGAUGCUAUCCUGCAAGACAAACCGUACUUAUAUAUGCCAAGAUUUAUGUACUUCAUAGUGUUUUUAAAAAGUUUCUUGCCCCUCAAGCUUGGAAUGCUUUUGGCUGAGUAUAUGGGUAUCUUUAAUUCAAUGGAUGGCUUCUCUGGCCAUAAGAAGAAAGACUGAAGACCAACUCUGGCUGAUGUCACCUGAUGCCCAAAGUUACAUAAUGUGUGUUUCAAUGAAGAAGUGUCUUUGUCCGACAGAAUGUAUCUGGAAACCACAAGUUCUUCGUCUGCUGUCCGGACUAGUAUUUUCAACCAAUGCCUUUGAACAUAAUGUUGUGUACUGCUUUUUGGUUGAGUAUUUUAAAUUAAAAAAAAGAAAAAAAACAGC